AUGUGCGUAUACGGGUCUCCAACAAUACUCCCUCCUAGCAGCCGUGCUGUAUCACAUGGAAUCGGCCCACCAGGACCAUCUCGGUCAGACAUGCAACUCUCCCACAAUCUUUCUGCAAGUGAGAAUCUUCUCUUUGAAAAAGACAAACACACCACUGAAUCAUGUGUUCAUUUGGAAGAUUGUGAAGCUGAAGCUGAAGCAGCGGCUUCAGCUGUUGCUGUUGCAGCCAUUAGCAGUGACGAAAUUGUUGGGAAUGGUUUGGGUGCUUGCUCUGUCUCGGUUCCAGAUACCAAAAGUUUUGGAGGUGCCGAUAUUGAUGGGGUAGCAGAAGAUAAAGCCGGUGAUCAGCAAUUAGCCAGUCAAUCAAGGGCCAAACAGUCUCUCAGUGUUUCCCUUCCAGCAGAUCUAUCUGUUGAGACCCAUUCAUUAAGGCCACCAUUACCAGGUGAUCAGCAAUUAGCCAGUCAAUCACGGGCCGAAGAGUCUCUCAGUGUUUCCCUUCCAGCAGAUCUGUCUGUUGAGACACCACCAAUUUCGCUAUGGCCACCGUUACCAAGUCCUCAGAAUUCUUCAAGCCAAAUGCUUCCGCAUUUUCCUGGUGGCCCGCCUUCCCAUUUUCCCUUUUAUGAAAUGAAUCCCAUGUUGGGGGGUCCCGUUUUUGCAUUUGGACCACAUGAUGAAUCUGCAUCUACUACCCAACCACAAUCCCAAAAGAGUAGUGCACCAGCUUCAGCGCCACUUGGGACCUGGCAGCAGUGUCAUUCUGGGGUAGAUUCAUUCUACGGUCCUCCUGCAGGUUUUACUGGUCCUUUUAUCAGUCCAGCUGGAGGCAUACCAGGUGUUCAAGGUCCACCACACAUGGUUGUCUAUAACCACUUUGCACCUGUUGGACAAUUUGGACAAGUUGGCUUGAGUUUCAUGGGUACUGCCUAUAUCCCAUCAGGAAAGCAGCCAGAUUGGAAGCACAACCCUGCAUCUUCCGCCAUGGCUGUUGGUGAGGGGGAGAUGAACAAUAUAAAUAUGGUUUCUGCACAGCGCAACCCUACCAACAUGCCUGCUCCGAUCCAGCAUUUGGCCCCUGGGUCACCACUGCUUCCUAUGGCUUCACCUUUGGCCAUGUUCGAUGUUUCUCCCUUCCAGUCCUCUCCUGACAUGUCAAUUCAAGCCCGAUGGCCACAUGUUCCUGCAUCACCUCUUCAGUCUGUUCCUAUAUCAAUGCCAUUGCAGCAACAGGCAGAUGGUAUACUUCCUUCUAAAUUUAGCCAUGGUCCUGCUGACCAAUCAUUGCCGGCCAACAGGUUCCCUGACUCCCGGACUUCUACAGCCUUUGAUAACAGUCGUAAUUUUCCUGUAGCAACUGAUGCUACUGUCACCCGAUUCCCAGAUGAACUGGGAUUAGUAGACCCUGCAAGCUCCUCCAGCACUGGGGCUUCAACACAGAAUGCUGUCACUAAGAGCUCAUCUGUAAGUACCACCGUAGAUACUGCCAAGACUGAUGUUGAUCAGAAGCUCAGUACCAGUGUUAGUGGACAUAGCGCGAGUUCUAAUGCCAAGUCUCAGUCAUCUAUGCACAAGAAUAACACCUCUAACCAGCAGUAUGGCCAUUCAUCUUAUUAUCAGAGAGGUGGGGGUUCUCAGAAAAAUAGUUCAGGUGGUGACUGGCCGCAUCGAAGAAUGGGGUUCCAUGGAAGGAAUCAGUCUGUGGGUGCGGAAAAGGGCUUUCCACCUUCUAAGAUGAAGCAAGUAUAUGUGGCUAAACAGACCUCAAGUGGGAGUUCAACAGCGCCGUGA